AUGGCGCUGCCCCCCAUUGCGUCCUUGUCGACGGUGCCCGUCGCAGACCAGCUCAGCGCCAUCGACACCCUCUUUGAGCCGUCGCCCGAGCUGCACGCGCUCCUUCGGCCGAUCUUGUCCGACCAGCGCUUUGCCUUUGCGUCCUACGAUGCACUAGUCGAUGCGAUCUAUAGCCGGAUGUCCGCCCUCUCCACAACGAGCGACCCGGAAACAAAACAGGCCUUGUUUGGCAUUCUCGGGGCGCAUCCUCGCCUGGGCGCGGCGUCGCCAGCGCAUCUGAGCGAGCUGAGCAGGAGGGAGCAGGCAAAUAUCAACGCGGCAAACGAACAGCAGUCGGCACUGAGCAGCCUCAAUAAGGAGUAUGAGGACAAGUACCCCGGCCUACGCUAUGUUGCGUUACUCUGCCAGCAUGGCUCUAACGACGGCAGGACGUUUGUGAAUGGCCGCGGCCGGGACGUCAUCAUGGUCGACAUGCGGCGGCGCAUUGACCGCGGGAACUUUGACCAGGAAGUGCGAGAUAACAUCGAGGCGAUGUGCGACAUUGCCAAAGACCGCGCUCGGAAGCUGCAGCAAGACUAA